AUGCCAGGCCACGUGAACAACGUCACAUACGUUCGAUAUGCUGAAUCGGCUCGCAUCAACUGGGCUCAGAAUUUUGCCAAUCACAUAGAUCCAAAGCACAAGAAGGAAUGGUCUGAGCUUUGGACACCAAAGGGUGACGGACUAAUACUACGAAGUAUGAAGACGGAUUACAAGUUUGUACAUGAAUACUCCAAAAGAACGACGUUACCGACGCCCAUGGCCUGGCCAGACCGGAUAUCAGUUUACCACAAACUUCGAGCAGCUCCCACAGCUACGACAGACUCUUUUAUCCUGGAUGUGCUGAUACUCUCCGAGCGAUAUCAGCGCCCAGCGGCAAGAUGUGUUGAGGACAUUGUGGUCUAUGACUACCGGCGCGGGGUCAAGUCGCCUUUGAGAAAUUUUAUGGUGGAGAAACUCGGGGAGACAUUCGAGCUACAGGAACAAUCAAGGAUACGGAAUGAAAGGAGAGUAAGAGACCUGCUGCAGAGAGUCCAAAGGCUCGAAAAGCAAGUUUGGGACAGGCCGGAUGCUGUGGAGGAUAUGGGAAGCGCUUGA